AUGGCUAUUUGCUGCCUCGGCUCCGUCAGCAACUACCUCAUAGGCACCGUGCCGGCGCUCGUCACGGGGCUGCGCACGCUGGACCUGCGAUUGAACUUCCUCACGGACCUCCCAGUAGUGGCCUACUUCUGGUGUGGCGGCAGCACCAAGUGCCUCGCGUCCCUCUCCAAGUACUCCUCUGCCGGCACAGCUCAGCACCCCGUGGCGGAGUGUGCCUAUUGCGGCACCAGCAGCGUGCCGCCGUUGUGCUGGGGGGCAGGAGCGGUGUGCUCUGUGAACGCGUCUGCAGCCGUGGCAGCGGGCACUGUGAGCAGCUCGUUGCAGCUCGUGCUGCCCUGCACGUGCGUGGGCAGCCCCGUGGUGGGACUCAAAGACACCGCAGUGUGGCGUUCUGUGAUGGGGGCGGUGGGCGUGGUGGUGCCUGGGGCAGCGUCCACAGGGCCUAUCCCACCCUUUCUCUCCUUCCCAACUCGUCUCUCUCCCCACCGCCCUUCCCUGACCCCCUCCCCUGACCUUGCAGCUCCGUGGGCUACAACUACCUCAAAGGGCGCCUUCCCUGCGGUGCCGGCGACAACCAAUGCGCUGGACAUACAGAGCAACUUCCUUUCGGCCGCCUUCCCCACCAACAUGCUCACCUACUGCGCCGCCACCACCAACUGCCUCACCAACGCCAACAACUAUGCCUCGCUGGGCAUCGCGCAGCGCUCCGCCGCAGACUGCGCCAUCUGCGGCACUGACAGCGGCCAGGGCAAGCUGUGCGGCGGCGUGCCCUGCCUCGUCAACACCACGCGCGUCACGGCGCCUAUCACUGCAUCUUCUCCCACACGCAACCUCUACUACACACCAGUUGCUAUGGACGCCAACACCAGUGAGUGGUGCUCUGCCACACUCACUGCCCCUUUCUCUGCCUUUCUCCCCCUCGUUUCCGUUUCCCUCCUCGCCCCCGCAUACCACCAUACUGCGUCCUCUCCUCCCACGUGCAGCAACAACUUUGCUGGCGCUGGAGUCGGUGCUGGGAGUGACGGCCGCGGACUGGUCAGCCACGACGGUGGCGCUGCAGCCCAAGGCGCUAAAGGGUGGCAGCGUGCCCAUGGCCUCCACCGUGGACGCCUGCACGGUGGAGGGGCAAGCUCCUACGCCUUGGUCCUGGUGUGA